AUGGCAUCCUCAUCAUCCAAUGUCGUCGGUGUACACUACCGAGUGGGCAAGAAGAUCGGAGAGGGUUCAUUUGGUGUGAUUUUCGAGGGGACGAAUCUGUUGAACAACCAACAAGUCGCCAUCAAAUUUGAACCUCGAAAGAGUGAUGCCCCACAAUUACGAGAUGAGUAUCGAACAUAUAAAAUUCUUGUUGGCUGCCCUGGUAUCCCUAAUGUCUACUACUUCGGCCAAGAGGGCCUCCACAACAUUCUGGUCAUUGACCUACUCGGCCCGUCCCUCGAAGAUCUUUUUGAUCACUGCAACAGAAGAUUCUCUACUAAGACUGUGGUGAUGGUGGCGAAGCAAAUGCUCUCGCGAGUUCAAACAAUCCACGAAAAGAACCUCAUAUACCGUGACAUCAAGCCCGAUAACUUUCUCAUUGGUCGACCUGGGUCGAAGUCUGCUAAUGUAAUCCACGUGGUGGAUUUUGGAAUGGCGAAGCAAUACCGGGACCCAAAGACGAAACAGCACAUUCCAUAUCGGGAGCGAAAAUCUCUAUCUGGAACUGCAAGAUAUAUGAGUAUCAACACACAUCUGGGUCGGGAACAGUCGAGAAGAGACGAUCUUGAAGCAUUAGGACAUGUUUUCAUGUAUUUCCUGCGGGGCGGGCUACCUUGGCAAGGACUCAAGGCUGCCACGAACAAGCAAAAGUAUGAGAAGAUUGGAGAGAAGAAACAGACGACUGCGAUCAAGGAUCUUUGUGAUAGUUUCCCCGAGGAGUUCAACAAGUAUUUGAGCUACGUCCGAAACCUUGGAUUUGAGGACACACCAGAUUACGACUAUCUUCGAGAUCUGUUUACCCAGGCGUUGAAGAACACCGGAGAAGUUGAGGAUGGCGAGUACGAUUGGAUGAAGCUCAACAACGGAAAGGGCUGGGAGGCCAUGAAGCAACACCCAUCUCAACACAUGCUGCAUCAACCCAAUGCAGUUCCGGGAGCAUCAGCAAGAGAACUACACGGUACGACCAGAGGAAAUAGCACGCCAGGCCACCUCACCGCCGCCCGUUUAAACGCCGCGCAACCCCCGCCACCAUCCCCCAUCAAACCGGGGAUGGGCAAGACGCGCGAUCGACCAAACGCCCAAGGCGGCUUGGUCCCAAAACGCAGCAGCGGAGCGGCGGGGGGCCUCCAAGACGUCGCUACUCCAACCGGCUCAACCCAGGCGCAAUUCCAGAACAGCUCGAACAAUCUGCCCCAGAGGAUGACGCCACAGGUCAACAUGACAGCCCAGCCGCAGAACGGGAGGAACCAGGAGCCACAACUGUCGGGCUUCCAGAAGAUGAUGAAGGCUCUUUGUUGCGGUUAG